AUGCCUUCGCUCGCACCUACAGAACACAUCUGGUCUCCAAACUACCACUGUUACAUGGAGGAGAAUUAUUCCAAUGGUGUAACCAACGAAGACAUGGCCAUCAAUCUACUGCAAACCCAACUGAAAUUGUCUCUCAUACGGGAGGACUUCCAAGACCAGUUGCAUGAGCUCGGACAAGGUUUUAAUCGAGACUUGGAUGCCAUGAACCGUGAGGUCGAUGACGUUCGCGCUGGUCAGUUGGAUAUCUCUAAUAUCGUUGUUGAUAUUAAGAAUCAUUUCGUUUCUCUGCAAGUAUCGUAUGUGAAGAUGGUCUUGGAGCACAACAAACGUAAGAAAGUGAAGUAUUGUAUUGGGAUUGUUGGUGUUAUUGUUGUGGGUGUGUUUACAUACAUGUUCUUCAACUAA